GGAAUAUUUUUUUAACUUUUCAUCAUUUAUUUACAGUAUUUACUAUUUCUAUAGUUUCAAAACCAUACAAUACAUUCGGAUAGUUUCAUUCAUAAUCCAGAAUUAAACGCCGCACACUUAGCAGUUCACCGCACACACUACACGUAAAAGGUUCGAUGACCUCCAACUAUAACCGCACGUACGAGAGUUACAUAAACGCGUCAAUCAAAAUACACACAUAAUGACAUAAAACUCACUGACGCGUCAACCAGCUCCAGCAUCGCUAUAUACUUCAAUUCUAGCGGAAAAAACCAACCCAAACACGCGGCAAAUUCAAAUACAAAAUUCACGAAUUCGCGCGUCGAAAGCUCUGUGGGCUCUUUCUCGCGGAUUUUCACGAAAAAAAGCCUCACUACAUGACACGAGCGACGGGUGUCAAACUUUUGGAAGCUUCUGUACGCUUCUCGACUAAAUAAGCUCUACUCUACUCUCUCAUCCUUUUCGGAUCCAAAAAUACACAACGGGCGCGCGCGACGGCCAGCGAGCGAAGAACGUUCACCCAACGGGCAAUGAGAAGAGAAUAACGUCGAGAGAGAGAGAGAGAGAGAGAGAGAGCCGAGGGCGCGCGUAGUACAAUCUAGAUUUUACCAUUGGCAGCACCGCCUGUGCACCGCCGAGUCGUGGAUAUUUUUGUUUUUCAAUAACGCAUCAAUAUAAAAAGGCCGCGUAGACGCCGCGCCGAGUCAGUUGGUUAAAAGCUACAAAGCAGUUUGCUUGCACCUCUUGAAACUUUUGAGCUUUCGUUUUGUGCGGCGUGUAUUAUAUAGUUUUUGGAAUACUUAAUCGAUAUUAUUGAGGAAGCGCUAUUGCAAUCGUCAUGUCGGCGAAGAAAGCGGACGAUCAGGGCAACUACAAGAUCCAGCAGAACGAUCAGGUCGGCCGAUUCCUGGUAGCCAGCAAAGACCUGGAACCAGGCGAGCAGAUCCUUACGGAGCUUCCGUUCGUCGUUGGUCCGAAAGCAGCGACUUAUCCAGUCUGUCUGUCCUGCUACUCGGUAUGGCCCGCUACGGAGGACGACAGCAAGCCCCUCUGCUCUCGCUGCAGCUGGCCGGUCUGCGGUCCCGAGUGCGAGAACAACCCGCAGCACAAGGACUACGAGUGCCCGAUUUUCGAGGCGGCCAAGGAGAAGUUCAGCAUAGACGUCGCUUUGUCCGAGGAGCACCAGAACGGCGUACCGCAACUCGAGUGCAUCACGCCGCUGAGGCUCUUGCUGGCCGCCGAGAAGGAUCCCGAGCGCUGGAAGAGCGAGAUCAAGGACAUGGAGGCGCACAACAAGAAGAGGGCCCAGAAGAACCAGUGGCACAUCGACCACGUCAACAUCGUCGAGUACAUUAGGAAGCGGCUGAAACUGGAUAGGUUCUCGGAGGAGGACAUCCAGACGGCUUGCGGCAUCCUGGACGUCAACAGCCACGAGAUCCGCACAGCCAAGGGCUUCCUGGCCCGAGGACUCUACCCGAAGGUCGCGAUCAUGAACCACAACUGCGUCUCCAACACGGCCCACAGCAUCGACCCCAACGACUACAGGAUCUUCCUCAGGUCGGCCGUGAAGGUACCAGCGGCUGGAGAGCUGUUCGGCAGUUACACCCACGCACUGCUGCCUACACUGCUGCGCCGUGAGCACCUGCUCGAGAGCAAGCACUUCGCUUGCGCUUGCAACAGGUGCAGCGAUCCGACUGAGCUGGGAACCCACAUGUCCUCGCUCAAGUGCAGCAAGUGCGAUAACGGUGUCGUGCUGCCACUCGACUCUUUAGAUGCCGAGAGUCAGUGGAAGUGCACGCACUGCGAGUUCUCGACGAACGGACUGGCGGUGGCGAAGGUGCAGAAGAUAAUCCAAGCAGAAAUGGACCAGGUCGAGAUGUACUCCGCCGCAGACGGCCCGGAUGCCAUUCAAAACAGAGAGACCUUCAUGAAGAAGUACCACUCGGUCCUACAUCCGCGACACGCUCUCCUCACCAUCCCGAGAUUCUCCCUGAGUCAACUCUACGGCCGAGUGGAGGAGUACUUCCUCGACGACCUACCGGACAUAGUCCUCGAGCACAAGAUUGAUAUGUGUCGUCUGGUCCUGCAAGUGCUGGACGUCGUAGAACCCGGUAAAACUCGAUCACGCGGAAUGAUCCUGUACGAGCUCCACGCGCCUCUACUGUUUAUCGCCAAAGGCCAGUGGAACGCCGGGGUCAUCGACAACGCCGGUCUCAAGUCCAAGAUGACCGAAGCUGCGACUGUUCUCAAAGAGUCAGUCGACAUUCUCACUCUGGAGCCUAAGGGCACACCCGAGGCGGAUAUAGGCGAAGGUGCGACCAUGGCACUCGCGCAGCUUCAACAGUCGAUCAACGAUCUGCGUUUCACGCCGAAAGAUAAGAGGGAUAGAAUGGACGGAAAGCCGGCGAAGAAAGCCGCUAAUGCCAAAAAGUACGAGUUGGCUUACUCGGAUGUGCUGGGAAGAUACCUGGUAGCAGCGAAGAACCUAUCCGCCGGCGAGGUGAUAUUCCGCGAGGAUGCCCUCGUCGUGGGGCCAGCGAUGUUCGCCAACGACGUCUUCUGCUUCGGCUGCAUGCGACCGCUGCCAGGCUACCUCUCCAGUAAAUCCAGCAAAACUCGCUACACGUGCUCCAAAUGCGGCGUCGCCGCGCUCUGCAAUCGAGCUUGCGAGGAUUCGGGACUUCACUCGACGGCGGAGUGCGAUCUUUUGCGGGCCAAGAGGGACGUGAUGCUGGAGAACAUGGAAGACCUGAUGCACACGUUGGUCCACCUGAAGCUCUGGCUCGUCAUGUCCGCAGGAAGCGAUCAGGAUGUCCGGGAGAGGCUUUCGAAAAUGGAAGCCCACAUGAACGAGAGACGGGGCAGCGAAGUCUGGUUCGAGCGCGAGGCGAACGUCGUCGACGUCUUUCGAAGAUUCGGGCUGGUGAGGUCGGAGAACGAGGCGGAGCUGGUCCAGUGGCUCUGCGGGGUCCUCGACGUAAAUAGCUUCGAGUUGCGGACUCCAGUGCCGGGCUCGAACGGCAACAACGGCUCCCCCCUGCUGAGAGGUAUCUUCCUGGAGGCCGCGCUGAUGGCUCACGCGUGCCGUGGAACGGCCCACAUCGCCGUGGACGACCGAUUCCAGAUGACUGUGUACGCCGCUGUACCCAUACCGGCCGGAGAGACCAUCGCGUUCAAUUACACGUCCUCCCUCCUGGGCACGAUAGAGAGGCAAGAGCACCUGCAAGUGGGCAAGUACUUCCGCUGCGAGUGCAGCAUGUGCGUCGACCCGCUGGAACACGGGUCAUUCGUCAGCUGCAUACUGUGUCCUCGAUGUAAGAAGGACUACGUGGCUAUUCAAAACGCCCGCGACAAGGAUCCUUACGGCCGUAAGACCAAGUGGCAGUGCCGCAAGUGCAAGAGGAUAUUCAGAGGCUGUCUCGUAAAGAGCACGAUCGAAAUCGGCAAGGAUCUGAUAGAGAACGUCGGCGAUGGAAAUUCCAAGGCGAUGGAGAGCUUACUCGUAAGGCUGUCCAGUACCUUCCACACGAACCACUUCGUCAUGCUGACUUUGAAGCAAAAAGUCCUGGCGGUCUACCGAAAAGAAGUGGGCAACCUUAACCCGCAGAGGAAGAUCUUGCAAAAGAUGCUGGAAAUCGGCAAGCAAGUGGUCGACGUCCUGGACAUCGUCGAGCCCGGUAUAUCGAGACUAAAAGGAAUACUACUCUACGAAAUGCACCUACCGAUCGCGAUUCUGGCGAACCGAUCGUACGCCUCGCGCGAAAUCACAGCCGAGCGCCUGGUCUCCUGCUUGGAGGAGUCGCAGGCUUGUUUAAAACGCUCGCUGCAUAUGCUUCUUUUGGAGCCGGCAAGCACACCCGAAGGUAUGCUGGCCAAACGCGCGCUCCAGGAGAUGAAACACCUCGCGCAAAACGUCGCCGACGCGCGAGCUCUACAGUUGCGGCAGAUGAGUACCCCCCAGGAGGAUCACAGUAGCGUCAAGAAGCCCGAGAGAAGAGGAAGCCACAGGCAGAGCAAGCAUCGAAAUAGAACCAAGUGAUGGUGUGGGCGUGUGACUUUAUUGUUCUCUACAGCUUUGAUGUGGGAAUAACAUGUGUGAUAACUGUGUUUUGUAAAUACAACCGAUAUGAUGUUUUAACUUGAUAUUAUAUGAUAAUUGUUGAUCGAUGAUGAAUAAAUAAUUAUGGAAGUGUUAUCCACCUUUAAUUUAA